AUGGACGACGAUGACAAAGACUCCCUCGCCGGCUUGACCGCCGUUCCACCUCAUCGCAAAGCCCAUUCCUACAGCCAACAGCUCCGCGGUCCUUCCGCACACCAACGCCAACAUCAUGUCCGCAACCGCAAUCACAGUCUCGACGAUAGCCGCAUUUCCAAUAACAUCAUCGACUCCUUCUACGAGUCCGACUCCGAUGACGACUUUUUCCCACAUUCUAAUCCUAAUGCUGCCGAUGAAUACAUGGAAGGUGGCGGCAUUUCUGAUGAUUUGUCUCAGUAUCAGCCGUUGCAGGAGUUCAUUGGCACCGGUGGCGGUGCUGGAGUCUUCAAGUCUCCCAUUAGAGCCGCCGUUCAUCCCGGUAGACCCCCGUGUCUUGAGUUAAGGCCCCAUCCUUUAAGAGAGACUCAGGUUGGCAAAUUCCUCAGAAACAUUGCUUGUACCCAAACACAGUUGUGGGCUGGACAGGAAUGCGGGGUUAGAGUUUGGGAGUUUCAAAAUGCCUAUGAACACGGUUGCGGUCUUGGUGGGAGGGUUCGAAGGGGUGAUGAGGACGCUGCCCCAUUUUACGAAUCUACCGAUACCUCUCCCACAUUAUGUUUGACUGUCGACAGAGGGAAUAGGUUGGUCUGGAGCGGCCAUAAGGAUGGCAAGAUUAGGUCAUGGAAAAUGGAUCAACAGUUUUCUACUCCCUUCAAGGAAGGUCUUUCUUGGCAGGCACACAGAGGUCCCGUUCUUGCCAUGGUCAUAACUUGCUACGGCGAUCUCUGGUCAGGUUCUGAAGGGGGCGUUAUUAAGAUAUGGCCAUGGGAAUCCCUUGAAAAAUCUCUUUCCCUCUCUCCUGAAGAAAGACACAUGGCUGCCUUACUUGUCGAGAGAUCCUUCGUUGACCUCAGAGCUCAAGUCACUGUCAAUGGUGUCUGCAGUAUAUCUUCUCAAGAGGUUAAAUCUUUACUAUCUGAUCAUAUUAGAGGCCGUGUAUGGUGUGCUAGCGCUCUAUCCUUUUCACUCUGGGAUGCCCGAACAAAGGACCUUUUGAAAGUAUUUAACAUUGAUGGUCAGGCAGAAAAUCGAGUUGACAUGUCCUCCGUGCAGCAGGAUCAAGCACUAGAAGACGAAAUGAAGGUCAAGUUUGUUGCCACUUCCAAAAAGGACAAGUCCCAGAGUACCAGCUUUCUGCAGAGGUCACGUAAUGCAAUUAUGGGAGCUGCAGAUGCCGUCCGCCGAGUUGCAACCAAGGGAGCUGGAGCAUUCGUUGACGAUACCAAGAGAACAGAAGCUCUAGUCCAAACAAACGAUGGGAUGAUCUGGAGUGGAUGUACAAAUGGCUUACUUGUGCAAUGGGAUAGCGGUGGAACCCGUUUGCAGGAUUUUAGUCGCCACCCUUGUGCUGUCCAAUGCUUCUGUACUUUUGGAACACGAAUAUAUGUAGGCUACGUCAGUGGCAUUAUCCAAAUACUGGACUUAGAAGGCAACAUAUUAGCAGGGUGGGUUGCUCAUAAUAGUCCUGUGCUUAAAUUGGCUGUUGGCGACGGUAAUGUUUAUAGCUUGGCAACUCAUGGUGGCAUACGCGGAUGGAAUAUUGCAUCUCCAGGUCCUGUCGAUAACAUAAUAAGAUCGGAGCUAGCCACAAAGGAACUCACUUAUACAAGACGACACGGUAUCAGAAUUUUGAUUGGCACAUGGAAUGUUGGUCAAGGUAGAGCUUCUCAAGAGUCACUUUUGUCAUGGUUGGGGUCUGUUGUAUCGGAUGUUGGUAUUGUUGUUGUUGGUUUGCAAGAAGUGGAGAUGGGUGCUGGUUUUCUUGCAAUGUCCGCGGCAAAAGAAACUGUAGGUCUAGAAGGAAGUGCAAUGGGGCAGUGGUGGCUGGAUACAAUAGGAAAGGCCUUGGAAGAAGGAAAAGCUUUUGAGCGUAUGGGUUCUAGGCAGCUUGCUGGCUUGCUUAUAUCUCUUUGGGUAAGAAAGAAUCUUAGAAAACAUGUUGGGGACAUUGAUGCUGGAGCAGUUCCAUGUGGUUUUGGACGUGCAAUCGGUAACAAGGGAGGAGUGGGUUUGAGAAUCAGAGUCUACGAUAGGAUAAUGUGCUUUGUGAAUUGUCACUUGGCUGCACAUUUGGAAGCUGUUAAUCGGCGAAAUGCUGAUUUUGAUCACAUUUAUCGGAAUAUGGUCUUCAGCCGAUCAUCCACUCUACUUAAUACUGCAGCUGCUGGUGUCUCUACUUCGGCUCAUAUGCUUCGCGGUACAAAUGCUAUGGGUGUCAGCUCCGAAGAAGCAAAACCUGAGUUAUCUGAUGCAGAUAUGGUGGUAUUUUUUGGUGAUUUCAACUACCGGCUUUUUGGUAUAUCAUAUGAUGAAGCUAGGGACUUUGUUUCUCAAAGAUGCUUUGAUUGGCUUAGAGAAAAGGACCAGCUCAGGGCGGAGAUGAAAUCCGGAAAAGUUUUCCAGGGAAUGCGGGAGGCAAUAAUCAAAUUUCCUCCAACGUAUAAGUUUGAGAGACACCUACCAGGUUUAGGAGGGUAUGAUUCUGGGGAGAAAAAGCGAAUUCCUGCUUGGUGUGACAGAAUAAUAUAUCGUGAUACUCGGCCAGCUUCAGUUUCCGAGUGCAAUUUAAACUGCCCUGUUGUGUCAUCAAUUUUACAGUAUGAUGCUUGCAUGGAUGUGACUGAUAGCGAUCACAAACCUGUUCGAUGUAAAUUCAAUGUGAGAAUUUCUCAUGCCGAUAGAUCAAUUAGGAGAAAAGAAUUUGGGGAAAUUAUGACAUCAAAUGAGAAAAUCAGAUCUAUGCUUGAAGAAUCACGUUAUGUUCCAGAAUGCAACGUCAGCCCAGACAAUUUAGUUCUUGAAAACAUGGAGGCUUCAUUUUUGCUUAUUACAAACAGAAGUACAAAGGAUAAGGCUGUAUACAAGAUUAUUUGUGAGGGCCAGUCUAUAGUCAAGAGUGAUGGAGAAGCACCUGAUUACAACCCAAGAGGUGCCUUUGGCUUUCCUAGAUGGCUUGAGGUCUCUCCAUCCGUGGGUAUAAUUAAACCUGAGCAAACCGUAGAGAUUUCAGUACGUCAUGAAGAUAUGAAUGCCACUGAAGAUGUAGUAGACGGGGUACCACAGAACUGGUGGAGUGAAGACACCAGAGAUAAGGAAGUAAUUUUGGUUGUUCGUGUUCAAGGCAGUUCCACAGUCCAAAGUUGCAGUCAGAAGAUCCAUGUCCGCCAUUCCUUCUCAGCAAAGCCGGUUCGAAAUGACUCAAAAUCCAACAGUGCAAGAAGAAAUCAAGUAAGCUAA